CGUCAGCCGGGCACUGACUGCCUUUGAGUGUCCCCAGACGGCAAGGAUCUGAGCCCGACGACCUGUCAUGAUUCUUGAUUCAUUACAUGUCGGGUAAUUGCCCGCCUGCCCCGGAUCCUGCAUCGGCCUCUGCUGCUGCUGCUGCUGUCUCUGUCUGCCUCUUCCUCUUGUUAGUCGCUCACUCGUCUAGCCUUCCUCUUACUCGCUUAGUCUCGCUUCCUCUCUCUCCUCUUCUUCCUCUUUCUCUACUUCCUCUUUCUCUCUUCUCUUCUCUUCUCUUCCUCUUUUACUUCCUUCCCAUCUUAUAUCGUCUUCUCUGCAAUGGCAUCAUGAUCACCGGCCCUACCGCCUCCCCCGGCAAUGGCGUGGUUGGGCCCUACUCAGGCGACAGCCUGGCCCUGCGCAUCGUCAUCGCUACCAUGGCCGCUCUAUCCUGGUAUAACGCCAUUGAACUGGUCAUCCUCGUUUUCGUGACCUUCUCCCAGUAUCGCGGUCCCUACUUCUGGUCCCUGCUCAUCUCCGCUCUCGGCCUCAUUCCCUACUCCGUCGGCUUCCUCCUCAAAUACUUCGCCCUCACCUCCGCCACAGCCCUCUCCAUCACCUUCAUCACCAUCGGCUGGUACGCCAUGGUAACCGGCCAAUCCGUCGUGCUCUACUCGCGACUGCACCUCGUCCUCCCUAACCCCAAAGUCCUCCGCCGCGUCCUCACCAUGAUUAUCGUGAACGCCUUCCUCCUGCAUAUCCCCACCUCCGUCCUAACCUACGGCUCCAACCUCUCCUCCCACCCAGCCAUUUUCAUCGACGGCUACAGCAUCAUGGAAAAGAUCCAAAUGACCGGCUUCUGCCUGCAAGAAUUCAUCCUCUCCGUCCUCUACAUCUGGGAAACCAUCCGCAUGCUCCGUCUCGAUCCCGACCGCGGAAAACGCAAAAUCAUGUACCAGCUCGUCGCCAUCAAUCUGAUCAUCAUCGCUCUGGACUUGGCCCUCCUCGUCAUCGAAUACCGCGACCUCUACAUCCUCGAAACCAUGAUCAAGGGCGUCAUCUACAGCAUCAAGCUUAAACUCGAAUUCGCCGUCCUUGGUAAACUCGUCCUGCUCGUCCGCAGCGCCCACAACCUCACCUGGAAACCUGAUUCGCCGCUCUAUGCGGCCACCGCGGCUGUCACGGUCCCGCCGCCAAUCCCAUGCCGGAAUGGCGACAUUGUCCACGAUAAUUUCAACAAUGACUUCCCCGACUUCGUCGAUGCCACUCGCGUCCCCUCUGAUCUCAACCACGCCGCGGCCGGCGCCGCACCCCGUCGACGGCCCCCGCCCCGCAUGGACUCGGAAGAACUCUCCAUUGCCAUGUUUGAGCACUCCGAGAGCGGUGGUGCGGGGACGGGCAACAUUUUACGCAGUGGGGUCGGUCGAGACCGAAGUUUAGACCGAGAUCAUGGCCAUAGUCUGGAUCUCCCGCCAUCGGGACAUUCAAAUGGCUCACAGUCGUGGAGUGGGGAGACGCAAACGAAUAACUCCGCCACGGAGCGGGAAUUAAGUCCGUUGGACUUUACCAAGUCGUUUGGGAAGCAGGAUAGUAGGAGUAGUUUCUAAGCUGCUAUGACGAUGAUGAUGAUUUUGAUGAUUAUGGUUUGAUGAACUGAUGAUUGCUUUUUUCUUGUACAGUACUGACAACACUACUACUGACUACGAACAUUGUGUAGUGGUUGUUGUUGUUGUGGUUUGGUUGCCUUUGCGGAGAUACCCGAUACGAUACCCACUUUUGAUUAUCUUUACGUUUUUACUUUGCCGUGGGUGGGAUCGAUCCAUGGGACGGCGUUAAUAUAUCAUUCUUCCUUCUUGAGUAUAUUUUAACAUAGCUAAAUCCAAAUCAAAUAAAAUAAAAAUUUUUCAAAUCUCGG